AUGUUUCUGGCGGCGGAGUUUCUCUGGCCCUCCAGCCGUCAGGAACAGCAGACGCCGCCGUUGGUUGCCGCCGGAAGUCCGAUGGACGACACUCCGCUGCCUUUAUACAGCGUCGAGGAGCCGUCAGCAGCGCGGACCGACACCACACCAAUUACAUUUAAAUAUUGGAGAAAAAGACAUACGCUAUUUUCGAAAUUUGAUAAGGGUAUUCUAAUGGACGAGGAGAGCUUUUAUUCGGUCUGUCCCGAGAUACUAAGCCAAUAUAUGGCAGAAAAGUGUGGCCGAGUGAAAGUGGCCGUGGAUCCGUUUUGCGGCGCCGGCGGAAACAUAAUUCAGCUUGCCCGACUGUUCGACAAAGUCAUUGCUGUAGAUAUUGACGAAGACAAGACUAUGAUGGCCAAGCAAAAUGCCCGGAUUUAUGGAGUACUCGAAAAAAUCGAGUUCGUUGUUGCAGACUUUUUCAAACUGGCAAAUCAGAUUAAAGGUGACGUUAUAUUCACAUCGCCACCAUGGGGCGGCCCAGAAUAUAAUGAAAUGGAUGUUAUCGGGCCGUUAGAUUUGUGCGUGGAUAAGAUUCUGGAAGUGGGGAAAACGAUUGCCCCAAAAAUACUGUUACAUCUGCCAAAAAACCUAGAUAAAAAUGAGUGUUGGAAAAUGUGCAACGGAGUUGGUGCCGGCUUACGGAAGAUCGAAAAUGUGUUUAUGGACAGGUACCUCAACUCGACGUUACUGUAUGUCCGAUCCAAUAAUGUAAGUUUAAGUCUAAAAGCAUAG